UUCUGGAGUUAUUUUUUUGCUUCUCUGAAAAAUUACCUCGGAUUGAAUAACCAUGACUUUAGAAGACGUUUACGGCCAGCAGACAACCGCCGAGGCUUCCGUGUCCGCUGGGGAAGCUCUGGAGGAGCUGCUGGGCUCUGCGAUAAGCCAAGGCUGCCUGACAGCCGGAGUGUACGAGUCUGCGAAAGUCAUGAAUGUCGACCCCGACAGCGUGGCUUUCUGCGUGCUGGUCACCGAUGAGGAGUACGAGUGUGACAUCGCCCUGCAGAUCCACUUCACCCUCAUUCAGUCUUUUUGCUUCGAUAAUGAUAUCGACAUCGUGAGGGUUAACGACUUGCAGCGCCUGACUGAAAUCGUGGGAAAGGGCAAAGAUUUUGAAGAAACCGAAGAUCUUCACUGCCUGCUCAUCACGAAUCCUGGUGAUGAGUCAUGGAAAGAUCCGGCAUUAGAAAAGCUAAAACUCUUCUGCGAAAAAAGCCGCAUGAUUAAUGACUGGCUGCCUGCUAUCACUCUGCCCGAGAGAUGAAUUGGGUGAUGUCACUCGUUUGGAAAAUCCCGAUGGACAACGUGAUUGGUACAUCAUGUUGAGCAAACCAGUGCUGGCAAAGCGACCCGCAAGGUGCGGGAAUGCGAACGGCGACGGUUCUGCCCCCACCCGCCAUCUCACCUCGCUAAGGUGCAGGCAGAGGAGGAGGAUGAGGGGGUGAAGAAGAGGACGAGGAGUACAGAUGAAGGUCCUCUUCAGUUUCCACUCUUCCAUGUGCCCACUUUGUGUGGAUUACAGUUGAGAGACAUGGACAGAAUGGUACUAUUUGAGCAAAGGGUGUGAAGAUUCGUCAAAUAAGCUCCACCAAACCAUUUUAUGGACUUGGGAGCGCAUUUUUU